AUGGCCGAAAUCGAGAAUGGCUCUGCAGCUGAGCCAACCCAAACAUCUAUGCCGCAGGCAGACAACAAGGAGAAUGGGGUGAAUGUAUCUACAAACCCACAGACUCCGGAAGAUGUUGUGGAGUCGAAACCAACUUUACCAAAUGAAUCAGAACGUCAAAGAAUCGAGAUAGAAGAUCCGGAAGUGGACACCAUGCCGCCAGAUCAAUUGGAAUCCGAUGAAACAACCUUGUCCCCAAACCAACCCUCCGCGUCCCCCAAGGAUACCUCUCAGCCGCGGGAAUCCACGAACGAGCCGGACCAUGAAUCAAAUCCAAAGGACGACCAAACAGACGGGUUACGCGAAGCUAAAGAAUCAGGUAUAGGCGACAACUCUCCGAACGAAGGUUCCAGUGAGCCCCCGAUGAUACCUCAAGAUGAGAUUGCCCAGGAUAUGCGGAUGCGCUCGGACUCGAGAUCAACCACCGCCACUUUCGCGACUCAUCGAUCAUCAACUGUUAGCUCAACGGUUUUCAUUGUUACAGCUCUCGAUACAAUUGGUGCGUCCAAGGAAGCAAGAAGGAGUAAGGAGCUGGAGGAUACUGUGAAGAGUGCGCUGGCAAAUGUCAAACACUCAGACCGUCAACCAAUUGAUCCGGAGGUUAUUUUCCGCCCUCUCCAACUGGCAACCCGGACUUUCAGCAUCCCGCUGCAAGUAACAGCUCUGGAUUGUAUCGGUAAACUGAUCACAUAUUCGUACUUUGCCUUCCCAUCAACCCGAGAAGUCAAGGCGUCGGACUCGGACACCCCUUCAGAACAGCCACCUCUUAUAGAGCGGGCCAUCGACGCGAUUUGCGACUGCUUUGAAAAUGAAGCUACUCCGGUUGAAAUCCAGCAACAAAUUAUCAAGUCCCUCCUUGCAGCGGUCUUGAACGACAAGAUCGUGGUUCAUGGUGCAGGACUUUUGAAGGCUGUCCGACAAAUAUACAACAUUUUCAUAUACUCCAAGUCGAGUCAGAACCAGCAGAUUGCUCAAGGGUCUUUGACCCAAAUGGUCAGCACAGUUUUUGAUAGAGUUCGUGUUCGACUUGAUCUGAAAGAGCUGCGCCUGCGGGAGGGCGACAAGGCGCAGGCUAGCUCUUCGGACAUCGCAACGCUUGAGGCACCAGAUACCUCCCAGACGAACGACGAUGACCAUGCUUCCGAUGCUGCUUCGGUAGCGCCGGAUCAAAAUGAGCCAAAGGAGCCAAUUGAGAAGCUUACGCUUCAGAGUUUUGAAUCCAAUAAAGAGGUGACCACCCUUAAUGACAACGCUCCUACAAUGGUUACCCGUGCGAAGAUCAGUCAAAAGCAAGCACAAUCAUCUUCUGGGGCGUCAGAAGAGAAAGAUGAUAGUGACGCUACCGGAGACGAUGAUGAAGAUGAGAUUUACAUCAAAGAUGCCUUCUUAGUCUUCAGAGCCCUCUGCAAAUUGAGUCACAAAAUUCUCAGCCACGAGCAGCAGCAAGAUCUGAAGUCUCAGAAUAUGAGGUCGAAGCUACUGUCCCUGCAUCUGAUUCACUACCUCGUUAAUAACCAUGUCACCGUCUUCACCUCGCCACUUCUUACAAUUAAGAACAGCUCUAGUAGUUUGGACGCAAUGACUCUCUUACACGCUAUUAGACCACAUCUCUGUUUAAGUUUGAGUCGAAAUGGUUCUAGCUCAGUCCCUAGAGUGUUCGAGGUUUGCUGUGAAAUAUUCUGGCUCAUGUUGAAGCACAUGCGAGUCAUGUUGAAGAAAGAGUUGGAAGUGUUCUUGAAGGAAAUAUAUUUGGCUAUCCUGGAGAAACGAACUUCCCCUGCCUUUCAGAAACAGUAUUUUAUGGAGAUAUUGGAGAGGCUAGCAGACGAUCCGCGCGCCUUAGUUGAGAUGUAUCUCAAUUAUGAUUGUGACCGAACGGCAUUGGAGAAUAUUUUCCAAAAUAUGAUCGAACAGUUAUCACGAUAUGCUAGUGCACCAGCACCCGUGAAUCCUGUACAACAGCAACAGUAUCAGGAACACCAUGUGAAGGCUUCAAGCGUGGGAAACGAAUGGCAUCAAUGUGGCACUCUUCCGCCGUCCCUAAAUACUGCCAACAUAGCCAGUAACCCGCAGCCAGCUACACAAAGUGUCCCUCCUGAGUAUAUUUUGAAGAACCUUGCUGUUGAGUGCUUGGUUGAAAUCCUGAAAUCGUUAGACAAUUGGGCCUCCCAGCGUCUUAUUGACCAACCAGCUGUCCCAUCUCUGUCGCAAAAAUCGAUUGAUAACUCCAGAGAGUCUCUAGACACCAGCACGCCUACGUUUCUAGCUUCACCAAGAGUUGAAGGUGCUGAUGGUAGCACCGGCCGCUCCACACCGGUUCCAGAGGAUGAUCCAAGCCAAAUAGAGAAGGUCAAGCAGCGGAAGAUUGCCCUCACAAAUGCAACCCAGCAGUUCAACUUCAAGCCUAAGAGAGGAAUUAAGGUUUUUAUUGAGGAGGGAUUUAUUCGCUCAGAUUCCCCCGACGACAUCGCAUCUUUCUUACUUCGCAAUGAGCGGCUAGAUAAAUCCAUGAUAGGGGAGUAUCUUGGAGAAGGCGAACCCAAAAACAUCGCUAUCAUGCACGCUUUUGUUGAUAUGAUGGACUUCUCCAAGCGACGCUUUGUGGAUGCUCUCCGCUUGUUCCUUCAACACUUCCGACUACCAGGCGAAGGCCAGAAAAUUGAUCGAUUUAUGCUCAAAUUUGCAGAGCGCUAUGUUACUCAGAACCCAAAUGCCUUCGCCAAUGCCGAUACCGCCUAUGUUCUGGCGUACUCUGUUAUCAUGCUGAAUACUGAUCAACAUAGUGCUAAGAUCAGGGGCCGCCGUAUGACCAAAGAAGAUUUCAUCAAGAAUAACCGUGGUAUCAAUGAUAACCAAGAUCUCCCCGACGAGUAUCUCAUCGCAAUUUUUGAGGAGAUCGCGAGCAAUGAGAUUGUGCUAGACACUGAAAGAGAGCACGCAGCAAACCUUGGCAUCCCCACUACAUCCACACCCACCAACCUAGCAUCUAGAGCUGGACAGGUUUUUGCAACGGUUGGGCGGGAUAUCCAGGGCGAAAAGUACGCGCAAGCAUCAGAGGAAAUGGCAAACAAGACUGAGCAGCUUUACCGAAGCUUAAUUCGAGCUCAACGCAAAACUGCAGUCAAGGAAGCACUCUCCCGAUUCAUCCCUGCAACUUCCGUUCAGCAUGUUGGGUCCAUGUUUAACGUCACCUGGAUGUCUUUCCUUUCCGGCCUUUCCGCCCCAAUGCAGGAUACACAGAACUUGAAAACAAUCAAACUUUGCAUGGAAGGCAUGAAGCUCGCGAUCCGUAUUAGUUGCGCUUUUGAUUUGGAAACCCCGAGGGUUGCCUUUGUGACUGCCUUGGCGAAGUUUACAAAUCUGGGUAAUAUCAGAGAGAUGGUCGCCAAGAAUGUUGAGGCCUUGAAGGUUUUGCUUGAUGUGGCGCUUUCGGAAGGAAAUCAUCUGAAGAGCUCAUGGAGAGAAAUUCUUACCUGUGUCAGUCAGCUAGACAGGCUUCAACUGCUUAGCGAUGGAGUAGACGAAGGCUCUCUACCAGACGUUUCGCGAGCCCGCAUUGUACCUCAACCAACGUCUGAUGGAGCCCGGAGGUCAAUGCAAGCAUCAAGGCGCUCUCGUCCUAGAUCCAUCAACGGGCCGACAACUUUCCGAGCAGAAAUCGCAAUGGAGAGCCGGUCAGCUGAAAUGAUCAGGGGUGUAGACCGAAUAUUUACUAACACUGCUAACUUGUCACAUGAAGCCAUAAUUGACUUCGUUCGAGCCCUCAGCGAAGUGAGCUGGCAGGAAAUCCAGUCAUCCGGGCAAACUGAUUCCCCUCGCACAUACAGCUUGCAAAAGUUAGUGGAAAUCAGUUAUUACAACAUGACAAGAGUAAGAAUUGAAUGGUCUAAAAUUUGGGAAGUGCUCGGGCAACAUUUCAAUCAAGUUGGGUGUCACUCGAAUACAACAGUGGUUUUCUUCACCCUAGAUUCGCUUCGCCAACUUUCCAUGCGCUUCAUGGAGAUUGAAGAAUUGCCAGGCUUCAAAUUCCAAAAGGAUUUUUUGAAACCAUUCGAGCAUGUAAUGGCCAACAGUAAUGCUGUCACCGUGAAGGACAUGAUUCUUCGCUGUCUCAUACAGAUGAUCCAGGCCCGUGGGGAUAAUAUUCGAUCCGGUUGGAAGACAAUGUUCGGGGUAUUUACUUGCGCAGCCCAAGAGCCUUACGAGGGAAUCGUCAACAUGGCUUUUGAACAUGUAACUCAGACAUACAACACUCGCUUUGGUGUUGUGAUAACACAAGGAGCCUUCCCUGACCUUGUUGUGUGCCUCACAGAGUUCUCAAAGAAUGUGAGGUUCCAGAAGAAGUCUCUACAGGCCAUUGAGCUUUUGAAAUCAACUGUUUCAAAGAUGCUCAAGACGCCGGAAUGCCCGCUAUCCCACCGCGGUACAUCACCAGAAGGCUUCCACGAUGACGCCACAAAUCUCACACAACAGCUGACUCGACAGUCCAAAGAAGAGCAGUUCUGGUACCCUAUCUUGAUCGCAUUCCAGGAUAUUCUAAUGACAGGCGAUGACCUUGAAGCUCGAUCGCGGGCAUUAACUUACCUUUUUGACACUCUGAUCCGAUAUGGUGGCGGUUUCCCUCAGGAGUUUUGGGAUGUACUCUGGAGACAACUUCUUUAUCCCAUUUUUGUUGUGUUACAAUCCAAGUCGGAAAUGUCCAAGGUUCCAAAUCACGAGGAGCUGUCUGUUUGGCUUUCAACUACGAUGAUCCAGGCCUUGAGGAACAUGAUCACACUUUUUACGCAUUAUUUCGACGCCCUUGAAUAUAUGCUUCAGCGUGUCCUCGAGCUUCUCAUAUUGUGUAUCUGUCAGGAAAAUGACACGAUUGCACGAAUUGGCAGCAAUUGUUUGCAGCAAUUGAUCCUCCAGAACGUUGAAAAAUUCCAGCGAGACCAUUGGACAAAGAUCGUUAAUGCAUUUGUCGAGCUCUUUACCAAAACUACUGCUUAUGAAUUAUUCACAGCUGCAGCCUCUAUAUCUUCAAAGCCAGCAAGUGUGCAACACUCAACGAAUGACCAGUCAACAGACAAUCAGGAUGGAGCCCUAGACGCGAUUGAGCCAGUAUCUAACGAGGAAUCCCUUGCUGAGGUCUCGAAGGCCAAUGGAAUGACACCCGAACAGGAGGAGGGUGACAUGCCUGCGGCAUCAAGUGCCGAGCUAGAAGAUUACAGGCCGCAAACCGAUGUGCAGCAACAACCGGCCGCUGUGACAGCAGCGCGACGUCGUUAUUUCAACCGUAUCAUAACGAACUGCGUGCUUCAAUUACUCAUGAUUGAGACUGUUCAUGAAUUAUUUUCAAACGAAAAAGUCUACGCACAAAUUCCCAGCCCUGAACUUCUACGAUUGAUGGGCCUUCUCAAAAAGAGUUAUCAAUUUGCAAAGAAAUUUAACGAGGACAAAGAUUUGCGAAUGCAGCUCUGGCGCCAGGGAUUCAUGAAAUCGCCCCCCAAUCUCCUGAAGCAAGAAAGCGGAAGUGCUGCAACAUACGUGCACAUUCUGUUCCGGAUGUAUCAUGAUGAAAGAGACGAAAGGAAGAGCAGUCGUUCCGAGACAGAAACCGCAUUGAUCCCACUCUGUGCAGACAUUAUCCGUGGAUUUGUUCGCCUUGAUGAAGAUUCACAGCACCGGAACAUCGUUGCCUGGCGCCCUGUUGUCGUGGAUGUCAUGGAAGGCUACACGAACUUCCCGCCCGAUGACUUCGACAAGCAUAUCGAGGUAUUCUAUCCACUCGCUGUUGAUUUGCUUGGUCGUGAUUUGAAUCCCGAAAUCCGUAUUGCCCUCCAGUCCUUAUUUCAGCGCAUAGGGGAGCUUAGAUUGGGUGUCCCUGCACGGCCUCUUCCAAGCCCAAGGAACUCUGUUUCAGAACAGUCCACACGCAAGCACAGUACCGGGCGGCGUUAAUCACCUUUGUAUUGCAUACUCACUUUACAUGUUUACAUGGUUUAUCUUCGUACUUUUGAUUUCUUUGGUUUUUUUUUUUUUUUUCUUUCUUUUCAUCUUUGGAUAUCCUUGCCUCUUCGCCUACGAAGGCUUUUUUCCGUCUCGCUUUGUAAGGAUAUUGAAUGUAGAAUUAGCCGAUCUGGAAUGUUGUCUUUUCUGUUUUGAACCCUUGAAUUCCCCGAUGCGAGCUGGGCUUUAUAUAUGAAUGUAUUGUACAAAAUAUCAGAGCUCGGAAAGUUUUCAGUGUUACCAGCCGUCCCAAUCAAAACUUCGAUACAUACAUACCCAGGAACCGGCGGUCUAUUGAUGGUAUCAAACAAUAAGAAAUAUUUAAGAAUUCACACAGAUAGUAAAGGAACUCAUCUGCGAUCCCAUCACAACAAUCAUUUGAAUUUUUUUUUUCACUCUCACUAAGCG